AUGGUCUCGUCCUUGCUUGCUUCAGCGUUCUUCGCAUGGACCGCUUCGAGCCCGGCUCUGGCUCAUACGAGUUGGGGUGGAUUUUUUGGAGGGCUUCCCUUUGCUCUGCCCCCGGUCGGAGAACUGCGGUUUGUGCCCCCAGCAGCUGUCGAUGUCAUCGACUCUCCGACCCUUGACGCCACAGAGUACGGCCCGGCGUGCGCCCAGAUGAACGAUGCAUAUGCUGAGCAGGAGCAACAGACGAGCGUCACGGGCCUUGCUUCAGAAGACUCACUGCCGGUCAUGGUGUGGAUCUAUGGAGGAGGGUUCUCAAAGGGCCAGACGUCGACCUACAACGGUAUGGAGAUCGUCGUCCAGAGCGCGAUUCGUGGCGAAGAAGCCGCGCGUCGCGGAGCUCUAAACCUUGGGUUGAAAGACCAGCUAGCGGGCUUGGAGCGGGCUCAAAAGAACGUCUGUACUUUCGGUGGGGAUCCGACCACGGCUACCAUCUUCGGGCAAAGUGCGGGUGCGAUCUCCAUCGCCGACCUUUUCCUCCAUUCCAAACUCGAAAAUUUAGUCCGCGCCGCGAUCUUCGAGUCGGGCUCACAAGGCACGCUCCCAUUCUUCAAUGCGACCUAUCGUCAGCCAACCUGGGACGCGCUCACCGCCCUCCUUCCCACGUGCGCCGGCUUUGCACCGAACGACACGUUCGCGUUCGCGCGCGAAGCGAACACCGACGCGCUCUUGACAGCGUGGACCCAGUCCGCGGCAGAGUUGCCCGCUGUGUUCCUAUGGGCGCCAGUGAUCGACGGGCCAGAUGGGCUGAUUCCGGACCUGCCCUCACGCCUUAUCGUGACCGGGAAGUUCUCCAAGAUCCCGUUCAUUUCUGGCACCAACUUGGACGAAGGUACGCCCCAGAGGUUGAAUUCGACCACCGACUUGGAAGAUUUCCUUUUCCUCAUGACCUUGCCCUUCACCUCGACGGCCCCUAAGGCGUUCAAGGUAGCCGUCACGAAGCUCCUCGACCUCUACCCGUCCCCCGUCGCUCACAAGGCGGAGGUCCCCUACGUCUAUGGUGAGGAUAAGCUCGAAAGUUCGAACGUCGACAUUCAGCUCCUGAGUUCGGCCAUGCUCGACUACUGGCUCUCGUUUGCGACGAGUCUGACGCCGAACGACGGCAAGGGCACCCCACGCACGACGUGGCCACAGUACAAGCCCGCUGCUCAGAACAUCGUCCAGUUCGACACGACCGCGUUCGGGAACCUCUCCUUCGCGAACUUCGCGGUCGUUCCCGACACGUACCGCGUGGAGCAAAUUGCAUUCAUCAGGUCCGUCGCUGGAGACCUCUCGCAGUAG